CUCUGGACUCGUCUGGACUCUGUCGGAUCACUCUUCUAUCAGUUCUCCGGAUUGUACGAUGAAAACCAGACUUCUCGUGAUUUUGCACACCUGCUACUCUGUGUUUGUUCUUCUGUCUGCAGCUUCAGAGUCAGUUCUCUGGUGCUGCAUGUGUUCUUCUGAAGCAGAGAUGAUGUACCCUCAGUCAAAAUGGCAAAAGUGUCCCAAUGUAAAAACAUAUUCAGGGGUUUGUGGCUCUGAGGCCGAGCACAGGCUCUUCUCAGUCAUCUUCUCCAGGUAUAACCAGUACAUCAGACCGGUGGAGAACGUGUCCGACCCCGUCAUCGUGCAGUUUGAAGUGUCCAUGUCACAGCUGGUCAAAGUGGAUGAGGUGAACCAGAUUAUGGAGACCAAUCUCUGGCUGCGACAUAUUUGGAACGAUUAUAAGCUCAGGUGGAAUCCCAAGGAUUUCGGAGGCGUUGAGUUUAUCCGUGUGCCAUCCAAGAAGAUUUGGAAGCCAGACAUUGUGUUGUACAACAACGCAGUCGGAGAUUUCCAGGUGGAUGACAAAACGAAAGCUCUUCUUCGCUACAACGGAGACGUCACCUGGAUCCCACCGGCCAUCUUCAAGAGCUCCUGCAAGAUCGACGUCACCUUCUUCCCGUUCGACUACCAGAACUGCACCAUGAAGUUCGGCUCGUGGACCUACGACAAAGCCAAAAUCGACCUGGUGCUCAUCGGCUCCACCAUCAACCUGAAGGAUUUCUGGGAGAGCGGCGAGUGGACGAUCAUCGACGCUCCGGGAUACAAGCACGACAUCAAGUACAACUGCUGCGAGGAGAUCUACACCGACAUCACGUACUCGCUCUACAUCCGCCGCCUGCCGCUCUUCUACACCAUCAACAUGAUCAUUCCCUGUCUGCUCAUCUCCUUCCUGACCGUUCUGGUGUUUUAUCUCCCGUCCGACUGUGGAGAGAAGGUGACCUUGUGCAUUUCCGUCCUCCUCUCCCUCACUGUUUUCCUCUUGGUCAUCACCGAAACCAUCCCGUCCACGUCUCUCGUCAUCCCUCUGAUUGGAGAGUACCUGCUUUUCACCAUGAUAUUUGUGACUCUGUCUAUUGUGAUCACUGUGUUUGUGCUCAAUGUGCAUUACCGCACGCCUAAGACGCACACCAUGCCCGGCUGGGUUCAGAAGGUCUUCCUCGGUCUGCUGCCUCGGGUCAUGUUCAUGACUCGGCCUGAGAAAGACCCGGAGAGGAAGACCAGAUCGUGCGCUCUUCACGCUCCAGGUCUGGUUUCCAGCAAACAGACGAAUCUUUCGCGCCGGCCUCAUCUGCUCCUGUGCACCACCGAGCUCAACAACCUGAGCGAGGCGUCUAAGACGGCGCCGGGCUUUCUGUGUCAAGACGGACGAUGCAUGUGGAAGCAACAAGGCACCAACGUUUCCAGCGAAGGAGCAGAAGACGGAGGGAGUCCGUGCUCCAGCUCUGAGUCUCUGGAUGCUGGGUUUCUGUGCAUGUCUCCACAGGUCAGAGACGCCAUAGAGAGCGUCAAGUACAUCGCCGAAAACAUGAGGUUACAGAACGAGGCCAAGGAGGUCCAGGACGACUGGAAGUACGUGGCGAUGGUGAUUGACAGGAUCUUUCUGUGGGUGUUUGUCCUCGUGUGUAUUCUGGGAACGGCUGGACUCUUCCUGCAGCCGCUGCUGAUGGGCGAAGACAUGUGAGGCAGCGCAAGCAUCCCAGAGUCUAAUUAACUCAGCAUCUUUAUGUUUUUAUAUUAUGUUUCGUUUAGAGCUGAAUUAAAAGACAUCAGUUUACAGGUUGGUUGAUUCUGAGACCUUUAAGAGAUCAAACGGAGAAACUAAAAUCAGGAUCAUCGUUGACUUUCGAGAAGUACCCACCCGACGGCUUACUGUCCUUCUCUGUCAAUUCCUGUUUCCAUCAAAGUCAUGCAACCUUGUUACAUUACAUAAGGCUCAAAAAGAUUUGGCCGAUGACUGGACAGAAUAUUUGACCUGUAGAUGGAGCAUCAGAGGCUUGAGCACCUAGCAGAGUACUCUAGUGUCGUCUUAAAUGAAUAGUUCACUCAAAAAAUGGACAUUUAUUUGCCUUUUGAGUUGUUCCAAGCCUAUGUGGUCUUUCUUUUUUUCAUAGAUCACAGUAUAAGCUCCAAAAUGACAAAGAAGCAGCAUAAAAGUAGUCUGUACAAACAUGUGUGCUGUAUAAGUCAAGAUAAACAGAAUGAAAUGACUACUGCUCGCUGAUAAUCUUCUCUAUCUAGUCAGCUGUGAAUGAAUGAAUGGGUUCAGUUCAUAAAAGACUCAUUCUGUCCAUUCGAGUCCUUGUAAUGCGUGAAGAUUCUUCAGAAGUUCUGCUUUUGUGUUUCAGAGAGAUAUAUCAGCAUGCAGGUUUGGACUGAAAAUAAUCAUGGGGUCUUUAUUUCUGAAUGUUAUUCUUGUCUGUAAACUCACACAUCCCUUCAUGAGACACGGCUGCUGUUUAUCAUCAAUAUUUGAAACUAACAAAAACACUUCAGACAUGUUUUUAAAAAUUCAGGCUUGGGCAAAGCCACCAUCUCUUUGUGUGAGUGUGUGUGUGUGUGUGUGUGUGUGUGUGUGUGUGUGUGUCGUAACAGCUUACUUUCAGGUAAAAAGCGCCACCUAGUGGAUCCUUUGAGCAAGUCCCUGCUAAAAAAAAAAAAAAAAAAGAGACCAUGUAAUGGGUGUCUGUUCACUGUACAUGUUCAUAUAUUCUUAAUGUAUGAUGUAAAACCUUGAUGCACAUUUUUAACCUUUCAAGGAAUCCUGCAAAUAAAGAAAGACUGAGAACUA